AUGUCCGCUCGAUUCGGCCUGCGCUUUGCGCAGCAGACUGCCCGACAGCCAUUCGCGUCACGAACACCUUUCCAGUUUCGACAAGCCUUCAAGCGAUGGCAGGGGACGGCUGCGAACCCUGCCGUCGAGGGUGCCCCAGCGCAACAGCAGAGCAUGUUCCAGAGAUUGUGGACCAGUGAGGUUGGGAUAAAGACCGUGCAUUUCUGGGCACCUAUCAUGAAAUGGGGUGUUGUCCUGGCUGGUGCUACGGACUUCCUCCGUCCUGCCGAGAAGUUGUCUCUGACACAAAAUGCCGCUCUUAUGGCUACUGGUUCUAUCUGGACGAGAUGGUGCUUCGUCAUUCGACCCAAGAAUAUGCUCCUCGCCGCAGUGAACUUCUGCCUCUUCCUCGUCGGCACCAUCCAAUGUACACGUAUCUUCCUCUAUCAGUCGUCACAAAAGGGCAGCGAAACCGAAGCAUUGAAGGCAAUGGAGAAGGACAUCGUUGACCCGGCGAAGAGCGUCGAGAAGAAAGCUGAGGCAAAGUUGUAG